UCUGUGGGUUCCGUCCACGUCAAGGAAAUGGGAGUUUGAAAAUCGCCCCCAAUUUUACCGACGCUCUGCGAAAUCUUUUCUGGUGGUGGAAUCGUGAGAUUCGCAAACGAAAUAGGACUUUUUUUACAAUUUAAUCCGUCAAUACUCAAACGAUGGCGAGCCCCCGGACCAGGCGUGUUUUACAAGAACUGAAACCACAUAACGAGAACGAUAAAUGUUUCGAGUGCGGCACACAUAAUCCACAGUGGGUCUCGGUAACAUAUGGCAUAUGGAUAUGCCUGGAAUGUUCAGGUAAGCACAGGGGAUUGGGGGUGCACCUUUCGUUCGUCCGCUCGGUAACCAUGGACAAGUGGAAGGACGUCGAGCUCGAAAAAAUGAAAGUGGGCGGCAACAGAAAUGCCCGGGUAUUCUUCGAAGCCCAGUCCGACUGGGAUGAUAAUAUGACCGUGCAACAAAAGUAUAAUACAAAAGCUGCCGCGCUAUAUAGGGAUAAGAUUUCCACUUUGGCUCAAGGCAAACAAUGGGAAGAGAAAAAAUCUGCAGCUCAGAAUUACACCGGCGGGUACACAAGUCCGAGUGCACAAAGCCACUCCUCUAGUAACUAUUCCUCUUAUCAGUCCUAUCAGUCGGACAGUUCUAAUUCGUACCAAUCCGGGUAUCAAAAUUACAAUUCGCCGGAGGUUAAGGACCAGAAAGAAGCGUUUUUCUCCAGGAAGCAGAUGGAGAAUGCCAGUAGAAGGGAUGAUCUACCUCCCAAUCAAGGGGGCAAAUACAGCGGUUUCGGCUACACCAGGGAACAGCCGCCGCGGAGUCAGUCCCAGGAAUUUGUCGAUACGGCCCUUUCAUCGUUAGCCAACGGCUGGUCCUUCCUUUCCUCUUCGGCAACGAAAAUCGCCACCAAGGCCUCCGAGAACGCCGUCAAAUAUGGCGGAAUGGCAAGCCAGAAGGUAGUUGAUUUUAGCUCGCAUGUAGGCGAAAAGGUUAAGGAGGGUACUCUGAUAGAUGAGGUUUCCUCCCAGGUGUCGGGCCUGGCAAGUAAGAUGAGCGAGCUAGGUCGCAAGGGCUGGAAGGAAGUGGGUGGAGCGAAUUCGGCAUCUGACUACCAAUCGGGUAGUUACGGGCAAGUGGUCGGAGAUAACUAUCACUCGCCGGGCGAACGCUCCUCCCUCGUGAGCAGCAGUAACGGGUACUCGCGAGAGGACGACUGGAGUUGCAACAGCCAGCAUGGCUCCAAGGCUUCCAGUCCGAACCAAAACUGGGGCUACCAAUCCGAUUACCGGGACUAUUCGGGCGGCAACAGCGUCGCAACGUCGCCCGGCGAGACGAAAAAGAAGCCCAGGGAACAAAAAAAGGGCGGCUGGAACGAUAAGUGGGGCGACGAUGAGCUCUGGGAGAAUCUGAACAAGUGAGCGUCGAGAGUUUG